AUGGCGGCAGUGACUUCACCAACAGAUACGAAACCUCUUCCUCCUACUGUGGGUGCCAUCCAGGGCUCGAUCCCCCAGUCCAUGCUGGGCUGGCUGCGCGAGACUCCAAGUGAAACUCCGAUCGAGGAGAUCCGUCGUCGCUUGUUUGAGGAUGAGUAUGUCUUUGUGAAAGGACUCGUACCGCGCGACGACGUUUUGAAGAUGCGAGAACACUAUUUUGGCCAAUUCAAGUCUUUGGGUUUGCUGAAGCCUGACACAGACCCGGUCGACGGUAUCUACAACAUGGCCGAAGAUAUCUCGCUGCACAAUGGAAUCGGUGGUGGAGGUCCAGCAGGGCACGACGAAUUGGAGCAGCUUGUGAAAGCUCAUGUCCAACAACCGUACCUAGACUUUGUGGCGCACCCGAAGUUGCGCGCGAUGGUCCGCAAUAUCAUGGACUGGGAGGAGGAGGUCCUCGUCAAAAGAACUAUGCUUCGACACAAUAUCCCCGGAGGUCAAAGCACUGGCGUUCAUUACGAUAAGCUCUUCCUUCGCGGAGGCCACGCGUUCUUCCUAACGGCGUGGGUGCCCAUUGGGGAUAUCACUGCCACAGGAGGUGGGCUUGUCUAUCUCGAAGACAGCACCAAUCUCGGCAAGGCCAUUGAGGAUGAUUUCGAGGUACGCGCCAAAGACUUCACCGUCGAGGAGAAGAUUUCAGCGUUCAAUCGCAAUAUGUCUGCCACUGGCGUUCUGUCGCUGGAUCCAAUGGUUUUCCAACAAGACAAUGAGCACCUCGCCAGGAAGACGAAGUACCAUUGGCUUGUUGCGGAUUACGAGGCCGGUGAUGUGGUCUUUCAUCUGCCAUACACCAUCCACACCGCAACUGCUAACGCCGACCCUACUGGCCGCAUACGCCUGAGCACUGAUCUCCGUUUCUAUGACAAGAAAGAUGUUGAGGCGAGCAGUACAGACCAACGUUGGAAUAAAUAUUGGACUCCAGAUGAUGGGCUUUGA